AUGGAUCUUGUUACGUCGUGCAAGACGGCGGACCGCAUGCGCACUUUGCUGGCCAUGUUUCUGAAGCUGAGAAUUUCUUGCAGGCUCAUGAACUAUGAUGAGGUUUUGGAACUAGCGAGGGAGAAGAAGCGCAGUGAUGACGAGUAUAUGAGAGAGCAUCCAAGCUAUCGGAUGGGGGAAGAAGGCUGGCUGGACGAGGAUGCAAAGGCUUGGAAGGCAUUCAAGAAAGACGACAUCAGCAGCAGUAGUGACGACAGCAGCGACGAAGACGGCAGCAACGACGAGGACGAUGACCAAAGCGGCCAUGAGCUUGAGGACGAAAGCGAUGGCAGUGGUUUCGACUCCGAAUCGGAUGACUAUGUCGGGUACGGAAACUACAGCCGGGAUCGACGAAAUUUUGCCUCGUCCCUUGCUAUGCUGAGAACCAGUGGGUACUUGGGAUUGGGGUAGAAAAUUAACAAUGACCGACUGGCCAUCCCAAGACGAUAGAGAGCCGUAAUGCAAAUCAAUUUCCAAGACCUGGUCACCUUGUCCAUUCCCCCUU